CAUGUGCCCAUGUGCUUCCGGUAUCUCCCGUCCUUUUUAUUCAUUCUGACGCGAGUGUUUGUAGAGUUCAAGUACAUAGAGUACACCAGGAAGCCCAUAAUGUGGGCUCCAGCCUCCGUCAUUGCUAUCAACAGUUAUUGAACUCAGCAAUCAACAAAAAAUAUCCUUACGACGAUGGCUGCAACGCAAAAUUUCAACGCGCACAGUGACGACAUGGACAUCUGUCUGUUGGACGACAUAACAGACCCAGAUGUAGAGGCUCGCCUCUACGGUGAAAUCUACUACUCCAAUGACACAUAUCCAGACCAACCAGAGUGUCUGGAUAACACCUCGCCUCUAGGCCAGACAAGUCUUACUGUUUCGAAUCCUGGAGGUAGUUCUCAGGGGACAAUUGACUCUCAGUCAACCCAGAGCAAGAGUCCAGGUUUAAGUUCUAGCCAGACAGCCCCUCUGGACACCUCCCAGUGCAUCAAAAGAAAGAAACACAGAGCAUUGAUCGAUGGCCUCCCCAAAUUUCCCCAUUCCCCCAGGACCCCGAGGUCUUUCCUCAUUGACAAAGGUCUCUCUAGGAGCCCAAGGGCCCGCGACUCCCCCCAGAGGAUCAGGAAGGAUCAACCGAAGGAUAAUCCCAGAAGACGAGAGUACAAUCCCUCUCAAAAGCCAAGAAGAUCGAGGCAGCUACCUAGGGAAGAGAAUCCAAUGCAGGAGGAUCUCGCGGAGGAACAGGGACAGCGCGACAGCACUUCGCUGACAGCUCUCGAUGAAGCGAUGGCUGAUCCCCAAGGCACGACCCCAAAAGCAUUGGAAGCCCAGCCGGACUCUGAGGAGGCGCCGAACGAGGCCUCCAAGGCUUCAGUAGACCCACCUCCGAAUAACGCAGAACCUACCACCUCCAAGUACAAUGUCUCGGGGAAUAAGUUGCAGAAGAAAAAAACUCGAGCUACUGCUGAUGUAUCUGAUUCUGAUGAUUCUAUUCUUGAAGUUCCGGUACCUCCAAAACCCAUUCCACUCUUGAUUAGUUUACCGGAUUCUGAUGAUGAAUCCAGCAGUGAGGAGGAGUCACCGGUGGUGAUGGAUAAGUCAGACAAAAUAAUUCCCGUGACCAAAGACUCUUCCUCCGAGUCUUCUCGUUCGUCAUCUCCAGUGAUUAUCGAGGACUCUGAGACUUCUACGGAUAGUCCUGGGGUCCUCCCAGUGACUCAUUUACCUGACAACCUGAUCAUGAACUGCACGACUCCUCAGAAGGGCGCGUCGACUCUAGCGGAAAUCAAGAGAGUGAGAGAGAGUGACGGAAAGACAGUUGCUCAGGCAGUUGUUCAGGAAAUUGACGAAGAGAGCAUGACAGAGAGCGAGGCCAUGAACUGGGGCUCGCUGGAGGGAGAGAUGGAGAGCAGCCAGGGUGAGACACUGAGGGAACUAUGGCAGGAAUUCUCUGGGGAGGGAGGUCAGGGGACACAUAUUUCGGACGAAUCUGGACCUUUAAAUAAAUCGGGCGAAGAUGCCUCAGUUUCCUCAGAAAAAAAUCCUGAGGAUAAAUCGACGAAGGACACGGGAUUGGAGGGAGCUGCGGAGGCUUUAAAGGAUCAAGAGGGCAAGAGACAGAAUUCUGGAAAGAGACCUCGGGAUCGGGGAAGCGAUGUGGAGAGGCCCAGGAAGAGGAAGAGGCAAAAGGAAAAUCGGGAGGUGGAUAUCCGCUUCGAGGAGUAUUUGCUGCAGCCCAUGCCCAAACAGCUCAGGGACUUCUAUAACGAACCCAGGGGCGGUGAUAUGAUGAGGGACAUUAAGGAUAUUCAGAACGAAAUGCCCAAAAAUCCAAAUCGUUGGAUGAUUUUGGAUUCAGAUAUGUAUCCACUGCCACGAAAGAAACGAAAUGUCUGUUCAAUCUGCCAGAAUGAAGGCCACCUACGCAGCAGAUGCCCCAAUGGGCCCAGGGCCGUUAUUUGUCACAUCUGCGGGAUUGUGGGCCACUCAGAACCUCGUUGUCCUGAGAACAAAAAAUGCAUCAGCUGUGGCGCGAAAUAUUCAACCUGCCGAACAUCAUGUGAACAGUGCGUACACCUUCGGUGCAGCCAGUGCAGUGGGCGAGGUCACUCUAGGGCUAAUUGUCCAGACAAUUGGCGAAAAUAUCAUCAAACGACAUCAGGAGCAUCAGUGAACAUUCCCACAGACCCAAUAUCGGUGCAGAAGCCCCCGACCCAGUUGAGCUGCUGCAACUGCACCCGGCGAGGGCACGACGCAUCGACCUGCACGAACUAUCGAUGGUCGAACCACUUCAGUCAGUCAUGUUACGUGCGGAACUAUAAUGUCGGUCCAAGCUAUGCAUCCCCUUCCUCGGCACAGUCCCAACCGCUCCCAGAUCUUCGAGAGCCCAUCAACAUCGACCGCUUGGGGAUCAGUAGGAGCGGACCCUCGACGUACCUCUUCCACUUCGUCAACACAGUCACCGACACCUCCUCCUGGAAAGAGUGCUCAAUAGUUCCGAAUCAGCUGCCAGAUGUGGACUAUCCAGCGCGCCAUGACAACCCAGUCCACCCCGUGUUCCUGAGGACGCAUUUUGGCAGUUGCAGGUGCGCUCCAAUGGAGGUCUUCGUGAAUCGGAGUUACGAGCUCCAGGGGCUGCCAGUGAUAACGUUGAGAGCCCCCGACGAGGGCAGUCUCCAGAAGCUGCAGGUGCUGGUACACCAGUGGUUGGCGCGACCCAAAGACGAUAAAGUGUCCCUCUCUUCGAUGAUGCCCCUGCCAGAGGCACGUGAGAAGCUCUUCCAGGCAUUGAGCUUGCACUUCACCAAAUUCAGAAAGAGAAAGGUCUCCGGUCAGUUUUGGAGGGAAAUGGUGGCCGUGCGUCGGCUGCAGGAGAGCAUAAACGUAAUGAAAAAAGAACGCAGGGCGGGUGAAAGCCUGAAGUUGAGGAGGAAGAUCGGUACCUUGAGGGAACUGAAAUACGCCUGUGUCGUGGCGACCUACAAAUACAUCCUGAUCGACACGCCCAGAGACGCCCUGAAUAGAUUCUAUGAUUUUUUUAGGUGUGUUGAGGAGCUCCCUGAAGGAGACGUAUCUGGGGAAACUUAUUUAACAGCUGUUUGGUACUACUUCGAGCUUUUCUCUCCUCAUCUGUCGCCGACCAUUCUCAAUUCGCUGGAGAUGUGGCGCAAGGACCCGACCCUUCAUGUCAGGGGGGAGAUGUUUUACAGGAACUACAUUCAAAAUAUUCAGAAGGAGAUUGACAACGGGCGUCGAAAGAAGUUACCUGACAAGGCUGCUCAGGAAGUGAUGGACCCUGGACCGUCUUCUGGAGGAAAUGAGUCUACAUUAUCCUCUAGAGGGAAAGAAUCUAGAUUGCCUUCUGGGGAUAAAGAUUAUGGCUCGUCUUCUGGGGUAACGGAAGAGCAGGUGGAGGGGCAGACAGUAAAUCAAGGUGACAACUCACAAGAGAAAGAUAUCGAGGUCAUCGAUGUAACUGGUGAUUCUGCUCCUAAAGCCUCGUCGAAUCUCACGUUGUUGGACGUUUGGAAAAGAAUGAGAGCGACUAAGGAGGGGAUUAAGAUGAGCAAUAAAGUCGCGGAAAUUAUGGGCCUGGGGCUACCUGUGGAUAUGCCCAUUCCGAAUGAUCCACGGGUGUUCACUCCUGAGCUAUUGGCAAAGUACACCAACAAGGCUUUUGACGUUAUGCGGAGGCAGAAGAUGCGCAAAGUUGUGUCAAGGGUUAUGAAGCUUCUGGACAAGACUGGGGGGAGUGUUGUUGAUAAGGAACAACUGAUUGCGUGUUGGCAGAUGAUCAGGGACGAGAUGGUCAGGAGGAGGGCGAAGAAGAAAAGACAAGAGAAGAAAUGCAAAAUGAAAAAUAAGAAGGUUAUAUGUUUAUCGUAAUUUUUUUACAGUUGUGAGUAAAUGAUUUUUAUAGGGAGAGGUUGUAGAAUAUUUUUUGGUUGAAAGUGACAAAAGAAUAAAACUACCAUUUGUCGGAGAUUAAUAGCA